AUGGGUUUGACUUCGGUUUUAUGGGAGAUUUUUAACAAACCCACCAUGGGUGAUGUUUUAAGAGAGUUGAUAAUGUUUAUCGCACCUUUGUGGAUUGCUGUGAUUGUUGGGGUAUUGGUUGGCUGGGCGUGGAAGCCGAAAUGGGUCAAUCUGGGUUGUAGAGAUUUGGUGGAUGCUUCACUUUCCAAGGAUUCGAAUUCAUCUUCUAUUGGUUUGGCUUCCAUUCCCAGCCUCAACUUUUUGAAGUUUCAGUUGCCCACUUGCAUGUCCGGGGUUUCUGAUGAUGGACUCCAAACGGACGCUUUCAAUAACCAAUCUACCAUCAAUCCUGAUUGCAGUUCGUCGCAGAGGCAAAACUCAGUGCUAGUGACAGAGGAUGAUUUAGAGCAUUUAUGUCGGCUUGUUGAGGUGAAAGAUGGAGGGCCUUCUUGGAUACACAUGAUGAAUCGUUCUACACAGACUAUGCGAUAUGAAGCUUGGCGGAGAGAUCCUGAGACUGGCCCUCCACAAUAUCGAAGCAGUACCAUCUUUGAGGAUGCCACUCCUGAGAUGGUGAGGGAUUUCUUUUGGGAUGAUGAAUUUCGGUUAAAGUGGGAUGACAUGCUUGUACAUGCCUCUACUUUGGAGGAGUGCCCCACUACUGGAACGAUGGUAGUCCAAUGGGUGCGCAAGUUUCCCUUCUUUUGUAGUGACAGAGAAUACAUUAUAGGCCGUCGGAUUUGGGAGUCUGGACGAUCAUACUACUGUGUAACAAAGGGAGUACCCUUCCCCUCUGUGCCAAGGCAUAACAAACCCAGACGUGUGGAUUUGUACUAUUCAAGUUGGUGCAUUCGUGCAGUUGAAUCAGGGAGGGGGGAUGGCCAGCUGACUGCAUGUGAGGUCUUACUAUUCCAUCAUGAAGACAUGGGUAUCCCAUGGGAAAUUGCAAAGCUUGGCGUCCGACAGGGUAUGUGGGGAGCUGUCAAGAAGAUUGACCCCGGCUUGCGUGCAUAUCUGAAGGAAAGAGCAUCUGCAGCCUCACUCUCACGUUGUGCUUUCAUGGCCCAGAUCAACACCAAAGUCAGUGCAGACUACCUAAGAUCCUUAGACAGUUGCACUAAUAAUUCAUCAGAGGAUGAAAUGUUAGAUUCAUCUAAGAAACCAGUAGGAAGGAACAUACCUAAGCUUUUAGUUGUUGGUGGGGCAAUUGCCCUUGCUUGUAGUCUUGAUCGAGGACUCUUGACUAAGGCAGUUAUAUUUGGAGUAGCCAGAAGGUUUGCAAAAAUUGGAAGGAGGUUGUGAAUCACAGAGUUUUUUGCAUAAUUUUAGAGAUGCCGGCCAAGUUGCUGCUGCGGUGAAGCGAGAAAUUGCAAUGAUGAUUCCCCGCACUUGCCCAUCCUUGUGAAAGAGUAGAAAGUUGUAUUCUUUUUUUAAUAUGUUUGACCUGCUUAGCAGCUUCAGAUAGAAGAGGGUAAAAAGAUCUUACAGUGUAUUCUUUUUAAUUUGUCAACAAAGGAUCUGGUGCUGCAGGAAUAACAAGCAUAUUCAUGUUUCUUUACUUUUUCCA